AUGAACAAAGAGACAUCAGAAUAUCCACACCGACAGCUGCUCCCUAAAGCCUCCCUUGGGAAAGUAGGCCACUCCCACUCUCCCGUCCACGCUCCAUCCAAGCGCAGAUCAUUCGCGUGCACAAAUUGCCGGAGAAAACACAUUAAGUGCACUGGUCCUCCAUCCUGCGAAACAUGUGUUCAUUCUGGGCGAACUUCUCUGCGACAUGCUGAAAAGGCAACAGAAAGAUACAGAAACGCCCUGGUGAUGGUGAUUCAGACAUUCAAAAGCGGUGCAGAUCAGGAUGUCCGUGAUCUGGUGGAUAGGAUAAAACAAUCUUCUUCGGUUGAUGACAGUCUGGCAGAGCUGCAAGAGAUGACACAUUGA